GCGCAGGUCCGGGGCGGCAGAGCUCGCUUGCUUUGGUGGAGGGCUACGCGGCGUUGCCAGUGCGGCGCUCAGUCCGGGCCUCGGGAGCUGCGGCGCCGGCGGGGAGCAGCGGCAUGGCGGCGGCUGCGGGCGAGGCGCGCCGGGUGCUGGUGUACGGCGGCAGGGGCGCGCUGGGCUCGCAAUGCGUGCAGGCCUUCCGGGCCCGCAACUGGUGGGUUGCCAGCAUCGAUGUGGUGGAGAAUGAGGAGGCCAGUGCUAGUGUCGUUGUUAGGAUGACGGACUCCUUUACCGAACAGGCUGCCCAGGUGACUGCUGAGGUUGGAAAGCUCCUGGGUGAAGACAAGGUGGACGCCAUUCUCUGUGUCGCUGGAGGAUGGGCUGGGGGCAAUGCCAAAUCCAAGUCUCUCUUUAAAAACUGUGACCUGAUGUGGAAGCAGAGCAUGUGGACAUCCACCAUCUCCAGUCAUCUAGCCACCAAGCACCUCAAAGAAGGAGGCCUCUUGACCUUGGCUGGUGCCAAGGCUGCCCUGGAUGGGACUCCCGGAAUGAUUGGCUACGGCAUGGCCAAGGGUGCUGUCCAUCAGCUCUGCCAGAGCCUCGCGGGCAAGAAUAGCGGCAUGCCACCUGGGGCUGCUGCCAUCGCCGUGCUUCCGGUCACCCUGGAUACACCGAUGAACAGGAAAUCAAUGCCGGAGGCUGACUUCAGCUCCUGGACACCCUUAGAAUUCCUAGUCGAAACCUUCCAUGACUGGAUCACAGGGAAAAACCGACCCAGCUCAGGAAGUCUAAUCCAGGUGGUGACCACAGAAGGAAAGACGGAGCUCACCCCAGCGUAUUUUUAAGCUUCAUCUUCAGUGCCUGGGAGGGGCCUGCCAUAAAAGUCACUAACCUGUCUCAGUGUGACCGUGUCUGGCCCUGUGUUUUCUGUAACCCUGUGUGUGGUACGAGAUAGCGAGUCCUGGUUUUCUCUCACCUAACGUUCAUUUGCUCUCCCUCUCCCUGGACAGUGUAAUAUGUUUAUGUGAAAUAACAUGUGGUUGGGGCCUGCAAGUAGCACUGCCAGUCUGUGCUGACUGCACGAGGUGGUCUCUGAAUGCCCGCCUGUGUCAGUGUUGUGCUGGAUUGCUCUUGAGUCACUCGUCUGUUCCUGACAGAGGCUGCUGCCUCCACUAGAUCAGUGAUUUCUUGGUAUUGGGUCAUUUUGAGGGCUGAGUUAUUUUUGAAUGUCACUUAUUGUUUUAUGUCAUAGAUGUAGUUUUUGUGACCUUGAAUUAAACUGCCUUAAAACUACUUUUGUGGUGUCAGCAAAAUCCCCUGGACUCUAUCAUGGUGUCCUUUGCUUGUACAGUUGUCAAGUGUGCCCUAGCCUAGGGCUAAGUGUGCAAGAGAACUACUGGUGAGUCUUUGGAGUAUUUUCUCCUAAUAAAUGCACUUCAUUUA